AUGUCUCUUAGAUAUUUUGUCCGCUACGAGCAUUAUCCUUAUAUUAUUUAUAAUGCUCACAUUAAUCUUAGACACACAGUUUACAAUGUUAUGAAUGUGACAUGCCAUCAUCCACAUCGCGGGUUCCGUACUACGAAAAGAACCCUUUUGAGCUUUGAUAAUAUGAAAAUUGAUCCAUAUGAUCCAUUUAUUGUUAAAAUUCGAUCAAAUCCGAAAAUUCUUUCAUCUAUCAAAGAAUUUGUUCAACUCUUGCAAAGCAAAGGAAUUGAUCUUACUAGUGGUCAAACGCCGUCAAUGAUGCAGAUGGCUAGACUCGCAACUGAUAAAGAAGUGUCAGAAAAAUUGGUAGUCAUUGAUACGCAACUUCGUGAAGCUGGUAUCGUGCUCGAUGCGGAAACUGCUCAGAAGUUUAUGAACUUAUCGAGUAGCCAACAAGUUUCCAAAAACACAAUAACAAGUGCACCGCCAAGUUUAGAUGCAACUGCCGAGUCUAAAAUGAUGUCGAAAACAAAUACAAAACAAAGUAAUCCAGAUGUUGUAACGGCUAAGCCUCAGGAAGCGAUUGGAUUUGUAGAGAAAAUCAAACACUGGUUUGGCGUAAAAAAAUGA